AUGGCUUACAAACAGGCGUACAAGCGAUUGACAAAAGAAUAUAAACAGAUCCAGGAAAACCCGCCGCCGUACAUUCUGUGCCGGCCGUUGGAGGAGAACAUCCUGGAGUGGCAUUACGUGAUCACCGGUCCGCCAGGAACCCCGUACGAGAAUGGGCAGUACCAUGGUCUGGUGGUGUUCCCUCCCGAGUACCCGUUCAGACCGCCUGCAAUCAAGAUGAUCACGCCGUCGGGCCGGUUCCAAGUGAACACGCGGAUCUGUUUGAGCAUGAGCGACUUCCACGAGGACUCGUGGAACCCGUCGUGGUCCGUGUCUACGAUCGUGACCGGGCUGCUGUCGUUUAUGACGGGCGACGAGCACACUACAGGAAGCGUUGUGACUUCGGAGCGAACUAAGCGGGAAUUGGCAUUAAAGUCUAGAGCGUACAACCUUGCGGACGCCAAUUUCGCCCAUGUGUUUCCUGAUCUGGUGCAAGAGUACAAAACGUACCAGGCUCCGGAACAGCCAAACGGGCAGGUCGCGACACCAGUGGCGCACAACGUCGACGACCUUCAGGACGUGCAGGACCCGGAGGACCGUGUGCGACUGCAGCAGCUGAAAACACAGACCGAGCAGCACACACAGCCGUCGCACCCCGGGUGGGGGGCGGAUUCUCGUCACAAGAGAGCUGCUACCGGUGCUAAAAGAGCCCAGUUCAGAAAGAAGAGAAAGUUUGAGUUGGGAAGACAAGGCGCCAACACCAAGAUCGGCACCAAAAGAAUCCACUCCGUCAGAACCAGAGGUGGAAAUGUCAAGUACAGAGCUUUGAGAAUCGAGACCGGCAACUUCUCGUGGGCUUCCGAGGGAGUCUCCAGAAAGACCAGAGUGUCUGGUGUGGUGUACCACCCAUCGAACAACGAAUUGGUGAGAACCAACACAUUGACCAAGUCGGCUAUUGUGCAAAUCGACGCUACUCCUUUCAAACAAUACUUUGAGCAACACUACGGUAUUACUCUUGGAAAGAAGGCCAAGACUGCUGAGGAAGAGACCAAGAAGAGCAACAAGCUGCAAAGAAAGCUUGCUGCCCGUGCUGGUGAGUCCAAGAUCGAGGCUGCUGUUUCUGCCCAGUUCGGUUCUGGUAAGCUUUACGCUGCCAUCUCCUCUAGACCAGGUCAAUCUGGAAGAUGCGAUGGUUACAUUUUGGAAGGUGAGGAGUUGGCUUUCUACUUGAGAAGACUGACUGCUAAGAAAUAA